AUGUUUGUCGCAGAAGUCGAAACUACGAUUGCCGAUGCUGUUUGCGAACAAAGAUUAAAUCUGCAAGAAACUAAACAGCUGAUUUUCAAGGAUUUAAUUGUUGGAGAACAACCUAAUGUAGCCGACGUCAAACUAGUUGAAACUUAUUAUAUCAAAGUUCUUCUUGAAUGCGCACGUAUGGAAGUGGAACAGUGUUUCGAUGCUUGUUGCAAGAAUAAAGAUUUCGUAAAAACAUUUGCUCAGCGUUUGGAUAAAAUUAUGACGAUCAGCGACAUAAAAGUCAUGUGGGCAUCAGAAUAUUACGUCACACAACUCGAUUUAUAUUCGAAUUUGAUCGAUGAAUAUGAUUUAGCAAGCUUUAUUACGAAUCUGAAGGCUGAUUUAUGGAGAUUUUUUUUUUUUUUUUUUGGUAACAUCGCUUUUAUUGAUGGAAAAUUGACAAUACUUGUACAUAACAGAAAAAGCAAAACAUAAACAAAACAACGUACAUUAUUGUCAAAAAAGCUGAAAGAGAGAAAGAAAAAGAAGCAAAGUGAGACACAUGACAUUAGUCUUUUAUCUCGGAGUUUGGUUUGGUCGUUUAAUCUUGUUUUGUAAGAUGUGGUGAUACUGUGGUAUUGUAUUGGUGGGUAUCACAUUGAAUGGCCUU